AUGCUUGGAAUUCCUGUAGAGGAAGCAAAAGCAAAAGAAACCAUCAAGGGAAGCACACAUGGGUGGUAUUGGACUUACAUCAAGACAUAUUUGGAUCUGUACAUUCAAAACAGGCAAUGGGAACAGGUUUCGUUGACACUAACUUUGGGGAUUUACGGCCUGAUCUUAUUUCCCAGACCUUUGAGAGUCAUAACUCACAGUGUCACAGAGAUGUUUUGGGUAGUAAAGAAGCAAAACGUUAAUCCAAUACCUACAAUCCUUGCAGAGACCCUUUUGACCCUAACCUAUUGCCGACAACAAGGUAAGGGAACCAUCAAGUGCUAUUUCCAAUUGCUACAUCUUUGGAUCCUCAGCCACAUAUGUCCUUUGGAAACUAAGGGAUUAACUUGGUAUCCCAACCAGCCGCUCAUUGAAAAAAUGACUAGAUUGACAAUAAGUCCAAAGAAUGAACUGCAAUGGCAAGAGCAGAUUCUAAGCUUCAACAGUCACAACUACUACUGGAGGAAGUUAUGGUCUGUGGGUCAGCCUAUUUUGUCCAGUACAGGGGACAAUCAUUUGGUACCUUUGAUCGGAUUGACCGGAUAUACAAGUUACAUCCCAGCUUUGGUAAUAAGGCAAUUCGGUUCAACCCAGCUUGCACCCAAUGUUGAAGUACUUCAUCAAGCUCAUUUCUUUCAUGAACCCGGCAAAGAGGAAGAACUGAAAUCAUUUCGCAAGUCCUGGGAAAAGGUUACCAUGAUUGAACGGUCACCUAAAGGGCUAAGUACCAUGGAAGAUUACCUCAGAUGGAGGGCAAGCAGAGAUCAGGGAUACCCAAUUUUCGAACCUGCCAAACCAAAGUGCAACACACCCCAUCGGGAAGUGCUUUCAAAAGAAGUUAAUGUCAAGUUGGUCAGCUCUCUACAGAGUUCGAAUGCCAAGAACCAGCGACUACAAGAACGGAUAAGGCAGUUCAAAGAUCGAUAG